AAAAAAAAAAAGAACAUGGAAAAUGAGAGCAAGAGGAAGAUGAGGGAGAGAUUUGGCCUGAGGCGGGACAUCUUUAGAGAGUUCCUGGCGGAAUUUCUGGGGAUAUUUGUCCUGAUACUCUUUGGAUGUGGUUCAGUGGCCCAGACGGUGCUGAGUAAAGGGGCUCUCGGGGAGCCCUUGACCAUCCACGUUGGUUUCACUCUGGGAGUCAUGAUGGCUGUUUACAUGGCAGGGGGAGUGUCAGGAGCCCACGUGAACCCUGCAGUCUCUCUGGCCAUGGUAAUCCUGGGGAAGCUGCCUCUGAAGAAGUUCCCCGUCUAUGUGGUAGCACAGUUCCUGGGGGCUUUUGCUGGAUCCUGUGCUGUCUAUGGGUUGUAUUAUGAUGCUUUGAUGGAAUAUACCAACGGAGAAUUUGCUGUUACUGGUGCAAAUGCUACAGCCAACAUAUUCGCAUCUUAUCCUGCAAAACAUCUCUCAGUCCUAAAUGGGUUUGUUGAUCAGGUAAUUGCGACCGGUGCUCUGAUCCUGUGCAUCCUGGCCAUCACCGACAGGAAGAAUAUCGGUGCUCCCAAAGGCAUUGAGCCUCUGUGCAUCGGCCUGAUCAUCAUGGCCAUCGGAGUGUCCAUGGGUCUGAACUGCGGCUAUCCCAUCAACCCAGCACGAGACCUCGGCCCACGGUUCUUCACGGCUGUGGCUGGGUGGGGCAUGGACGUAUUCAGAGCUGGAGGCUGCUGGUGGUGGAUCCCCGUGGCAGGGCCCAUGGUGGGCGGAGCAGUGGGAGCAGGUGUUUACUUUCUCUUCAUUGAGUUGCACCACCCCGAGCCUGAAAAACAGGAGGAGAACAAUGUUCAGGACAAAUAUGAAAUGGUAACGAUGAGUUAAAAUUUAGAACAAGGGUUGCAGAGCGAAGCAACAAAGCAGCUGAUUUCGACCCUCCUCAGAAGGCAAAAAUGGUCACCUAGGUGAAGCCGUUUUCUACAUUUCUACAAUGAACAUUUACAGUGAGUGGUUUAAUGCAAAGCAUGCAUCUGAGUGCACACAUUUUAAAAUAUGCAUGAAUGUUUUAUGAAGCCUUUGAAGUCCCUUUUUGUAGAAAGCCUGGUCUGUUUGUAGGCUUCAGGUUUUACCUGCCAGGAGCUCUUUCAUAUAUCAGAAUUUUAAACUCUCUUGUUACCUAUAACCUCAUUAGACAUGAAGCUCUUCCUUUAAUCCCAUAAUAUCAUAACCUUUUAUGGAGAGUGUAAAUAUGCAGUAUUCUUUAUAGUCUCCUGUUUCCUAACUGGGAUCACCUCCUCUUGUUAGAAAUGUUUGCCAAGUUUCUGUACAGCAUUUUUAUUUUCACUACCUGACAGAUGGGGUAUUAAAUACAUACGUAUCACUUAUGAAACCAUUGAUUUCAUGUAUAAAUGUAGUUAUUUAUGGUGUGGUAUGGUGUGUUUCGUGGAGUGACGUCCUUGCUCUGUUUCAUUUCAUCCUUUGCAUGCAUGAAACAAUGUGUGAUUGAUUACUUUAUCUUGCGAACACUUUUAUGCAGAAAAUCCAGCCUUAAACACUUAUUCUGGUUUUGCUUCUUUUUUAUUCGUCUCCAUUAUUUUGUGGCACGUAAACUUAAUGCUGGAUUACACAUUUACUCAUUACAGGCACCCUUGAUAUAUAUCUUAUCACAGGACAUGAGUGUCUUCUUCUUCUUCUGCUAAAAAAAAAAAAUCAUUAUUUUGUGUCCAGCACAAACUUCCUGUCACUGAACUUGCUGAACUGUACUCGAGUCAGUGCACAUGCUGUAUCAGGUGCAAACACUGGCUGUAACUGUUUACAUUAAAAGCUGUAAAAAAAAUGUGUCAUAAAACACAAAUAUUUGGCGUGGCUUAGCUUUGGUUCCAAGUUCAACAUCAUAAAUUGGGCAAAAUGAGAUACACUGCUUGGAAAUGUAAAAGGUGUGAAACACUUGGCUUCAUUAAAUGUGCUGUGGAGUUACAUAAUGGUUGUAAUGUCAACAGGCCGUGUUUUAGAAUUUGUGACCCAGCGCGGCAGAAUGAAUAACAAGCUUUAGGCUCCAGAGUCAGACAGCAGGAUACAUUUAGACCUUUGCUGACGUUAAUGUGGGUACCUGCUGUCAGCUGAGCAGGCGUUUACACAAACAUUAAUUGUGAGAUUACAUUGUUCUGCACUGAAUGCCAUUUUCACAACAGCACAAUUGAAGUGUUCACUUGCAAAAACAGAUAAAGACCUUGUUAAAAUGAAUAAACUAACGGCAGUCUGAUUGAUGAUUGAGUUAAAAAACGUGAAUUACAAAGAUAAAUCAAAAUGACGAUUUCUAUUUUUACAAAUGAAUCUUUCAGUUUUACAUUUGUAGACACCUUUCUGGCGACGUGACAAUCAUUUAAAUUAGUUAUAAUGGGUUGGGGGUUUUUUUCAUUUGUUUUUUAUUUACUUUUGUGCAACAGAAAAAAAUGUGAAGAGAAUCAGCGGCACAGAUGUCAAAGAGUGAUUUUGUGGUGAGGUCUUUCACCACCACCAGUUUAACACGAAUGAAGUGUGCCCAUUAAAACCCUGUAUGUGGCCUGCGUUUGAAUCAGAGUAAUUUCAGUGAGCAUGUCUGAGAAGCAGCUGAAGGUGUUUGUGUCACUGAAUCCAUUCAGCUCGUCAGUGAACUGGUGUAUAUGUUGGUACUCGUCUCCCACUUGUCCCACACUCUGAUGUUAGUGCUUCUGUCCUGACUGCAGCCUGUCAGGGAAAAAAAAACAUUUUAAUAUUUCAAAAAGUUUUGU